AUGUACUCUCACAUUCGCAGUGAGCGCAGGAAAUGUUUCGACGCUUUCGACGGCACAGGGAUUCCGGGACCACGGCUCGGCAGUCUCGUCAAUGGCAACGCAGACGAGUACUGGAAUCCGGUGACCUUCUAUUUGGGUGACGCCCCCUUUGUGGUCGUGAAGGACCCCGUCAUGAUAAACGAAAUAUUCGCCAGAGAAUUCAACAACUUCAGCGAACGAGGGCACCUGCUGCGCAUUCACGAGCUGGAGCCGACGCUGGAGGGCAACUUGGUGCUCGUCGGGGGCCGCCAAUGGAAGGAAACGAGAAGCUGCAUGCAGCAGUUUUUCACGCCAGCAAAACUGAAAGUGGUGAUGCCUGCCUUAGCGGACGCCCAACGCGAGUUCCUCAACAUCCUGGGCGAGUGCGCCGAAAGCGGCGCCGAAGUGGACAUCGGCUCGCGCUGCGAACGGCUCACCUUUGACAUCAUCAGCAAGGCGGCGUUCAACAUGGACACCCAGGUCCAGCGCCAUCCGGAGAACCCGCUCUUCCAGACGGCGCUGCUCUGCUUCCCUCACAUCAUGAAGGGCUUCCUGCACAACUUGGGCAUGAACCUUUACCAUUGGCCAUGGGUUAUCAAGAUAUUCCAGAAGCCCAUCAGCUUCUUCUUCACCAAUAAUCUAGUCCAAAUGACCAAGCACGCAGCCGAGCUCAUCAAAUUCCGUCACCAAAACCCGCAGGUUGAUGUGCCCGACAUGGCUCAACUCCUCUUGGACGAUGCGCUCGAAAAGAGGGACUCCGCAACCAAAAAAAAUGAAGUGGCGGCAAAGAUUACCGCACCGUUGUCCCAGCAGAAGUUGUACGAGCUUGGUACCAACUGCAUGGACGUUUUUCUCGGCGGCUACGACACAACGAGGCUGGCAUUGACUUAUUGGUUUUAUCUCAUGGGCAAGCACCCAGACAUUCAGGAGAGAAUGAGGAAGGAAGUACUGGAAGCUUUUACGAAAGAGACGGCGCCUCCAGACUGA